GAGCGCUCUGAAUUUACUGUCACGCCGAGCCUGCGCUGGAUGCAGUGAGCAGCCAAAGCAAAGCAGACAGCUUGAGGUGCCGGGGAGUAGAGACGUUGAUUGUUAUGGGCUGGAUGUGCUCGACUUUCGCAGAGAAGGGAAAUGUCCUCGGCGCCAGAUAAAGUCCACUGCUAACCGACGGAUUCUAGCAAGACUUGUUAAACGCAGUGGCGAUGUGUGUGAAACCGGCGGAAGGACGCGGCUCCUGGGGCUGACAGUGCAGGUCCAGUCCCUCUCGGUUUUUUUUCUCUCUCUUUCUUCCUCUCUCUCUCUCUCCGUCUCCCUUUUACUAGCUCUCUCUUUUGCUGCUUAUUGCAUCGAGACGACGGCAGUAAGCCUGGCAGAGGCUGGGCACCCGGGAGCAGCGGAGAGAUAUCGCUAGAGGAGCGGAGGAGGGGUUGAGCUCCUGCGGGAGGGAGGAGGGUCUGUUCGUCACCUUCGGAGCUCAAAAAUCUACUUGCCCUUUCGUCUAAAAUCUCGGAGCCGAAGGGAGGGCGAAAGGAUGCAGGUGAAGAAGCAGCGUGCAGCGGAAAGAGGCACUGGGGAUGUCCAGACAGUUGACAGCAAGAAAAAGAAAUCAUCAUGCUUCUCUAACAUCAAAAUCUUCUUGGUAUCCGAAUGUGCGUUGAUGCUGGCGCAGGGCACGGUCGGCGCAUACCUGGUGAGUGUUUUAACAACCCUAGAAAGAAGAUUCAAUUUGCAGAGUGCAGAUGUUGGAGUCAUAGCAAGCAGUUUUGAGAUUGGCAACCUGGCACUAAUUUUGUUUGUGAGCUACUUUGGGGCUAAGGGUCACCGACCUCGUCUCAUAGGAUGUGGGGGAAUUGUGAUGGCACUAGGUGCCUUGUUGUCUGCUCUGCCGGAGUUCCUCACUCACCAGUAUGAAUACAAGUCUGGGGAUUUUAGACGUGGGGAAGAAGGAAGGGACGUAUGUGCUGCAAACUCAUCAGCCUCUGGCAAGGGGAGACUGGACCCCGAUCUUGUUUGUGGAAACAGAGCUAACACAAAUAUGAUGUACUUACUUUUGAUUGGAGCGCAAGUGUUACUGGGUAUUGGAGCAACGCCAGUCCAGCCACUUGGGGUGUCAUAUAUUGAUGACCAUGUGCGGAGGAAAGACUCUUCAUUGUAUAUAGGUAUCUUAUUUUCCACCUUGGUGUUCGGACCUGCCUGUGGUUUCAUCCUGGGCUCACUCUGUACCAAAUUCUACGUGGAUGCUGUCUUCAUCGACACCAGCAAGCUUGACAUUACUCCCGAUGACCCUCGUUGGAUUGGAGCUUGGUGGGGGGGCUUCCUGUUAUGUGGUGCCUUACUCUUCUUCUCUGCACUGUUCAUGUUUGGCUUCCCACAGUCCCUCUCUGGCCAGGAGUUGGAGGGGAGCACUGAAAGUGAACAGACCAUGCUGCCCCCUGAGCGGCUUCCCAAUGAAUAUGAAACACCCAAACCAAGUAAUGGGGUGCUACGCAAAUCCCAUGGCUCAGAAAACAGCACCUCCUGCUGCCAGCAGCUCAGAGUGAUUCCAAAAGUUACAAAGCACUUGUUGUCAAACCCGGUGUUCACCUGCAUCGUCCUGGCUGCCUGCAUGGAAAUCGCUGUAGUUGCUGGUUUUGCUGCUUUUUUAGGAAAAUACCUCGAGCAGCAGUUCAACCUCACCACCUCAUCUGCCAAUCAGCUUUUGGGAAUGACAGCAAUUCCCUGUGCAUGUCUGGGAAUCUUCCUGGGAGGCCUGCUCGUGAAGAAACUAAACCUAUCUGCGCUGGGUGCCAUUCGCAUGGCUAUGCUCGUCAACCUUGUCUCUACGGCAUGCUACGUGUCCUUCCUUUUUCUUGGUUGUGAUACUGGGCCUGUGGCUGGAAUUACAGUACCUUAUAAAAACGAGACAAUCCCAGUUCCUCAGCUGGACCCUCAAUCUCCUUGUAACACUGGCUGUAACUGUCUCACAGAUUCAAUCAGUCCAGUCUGCGGCUCUGAUGGUAUCACCUACUUGUCUUCUUGUUUUGCUGGGUGCUCAAGAACUAACCUCACUGGAUGUUCCUGCAUAGCAGUAGGCCGUGCUGAAAAUGCCACUGCAGUUUCAGGAAAGUGUCCAAGUCCAGGAUGCCAAGAGGCUUUCUUGACCUUCCUGUGCGUGAUCUGUGCAUGCAGUAUGAUUGGAGCAAUGGCACAAACCCCAUCUGUCAUCGUGCUGAUCAGGGCGGUGAAUCCAGAACUCAAGUCAUAUGCCCUAGGGGUGCUCUUCCUUCUGCUGCGGCUGCUUGGUUUUAUCCCCCCUCCACUAAUCUUUGGUGCUGGGAUCGAUUCAACUUGUCUGUUCUGGAGCACAGUUUGUGGGCAGCGAGGGGCCUGCAUGCUUUAUGAUAAUGUGACCUACCGCUACUUGUAUGUCAGCAUCGCCAUCGUUCUCAAGUCAGUUGCAUUCAUUCUUUACACCACCACAUGGCAGUGUUUACGGAAAAACUAUAAAAGGUAUAUAAAGAACAACGAAGGCGGGCUGACUACCAGUGAACUGUUUGCCUCCACCCUCACCCUGGACAACUUGGGUAGGGACGUUACUCAAAACCCACCACCAAAUAGGACAAAAUUUAUUUAUAACCUAGAAGAUCAUGAGUGGUGUGAAAAUAUGGAAUCAGUUUUAUAAAAAAAAAAAAAAAAAA